GAGAGAGAGAGAGAGAGAGAAAAGGCACAGGGGGGGUGCGCACGCUAAGAAAGAGGGAGAAAUGAAGAAUGGACAGACUAGAAAAGGAUUGGUGGCGACCAAAAUGCUUCCCUGGCGCACUACCCACAACAGAGUUUGAGGCCACACCAACAAAAUAUUGAAAACGAAAGCGCACAACACAAAACAAGCCAGAACAGUGAGAAUUGAGAAAUACCCACUCUUAAGGACACUGCAAUCUCACCAUUAUUCCCUCCCAACUCAUCAUUGCCAUCAAGAACAAACCAGACAACCCUCACUUUCACACCACACAAACAUCCAGUGCAUCCCCUUGAUCACUCUCUUUUCAUUUUCCUCCACCAAAGAUCCCCCCCUUUCCUUUUCUCUGUGAUUUGGGGCUAAUUUUGGUGUUUAGUCUCUGGUUUCUCUCUGGGUUAUGAGUAAAUGGUGAGGCACUGAGGGGCUAUUUUUUGUUUUUGAACAAGUGGGGUUUUUCUGGGUUGUUUUUCUAUUGAGUGCACAGUGGACUAUAAUGGGGAAUUGUUGGUGUAGAUGGGAACCUUCCAUAUACAAUGCAAAGUCUGAGUCUCCAAAGGAUCAGAGUCCAUCGCAGAAAGAGAGGAAAGAGGAAACCAAGCUACCGUCGAAUCCAGAAGAAGUAGAGCACCUGCGUAGCACUUCUGCUGUGAAUCCAUUGGUUGCGUUUACGUUUGAUGAACUUAUAACCAUUACUAAAAACUUUAGAAGAGACUAUAUGCUCGGGGGAGGAGGGUUUGGAAAUGUUUACAAGGGAUUCAUUACCGAGGAUCUAAGGGAGGGGCUUCAGCCUAUUACUGUGGCUGUUAAGGUUCAUGAUGGAGAUAACAGCUAUCAAGGCCACAGGGAAUGGCUGGCUGAAGUGAUAUUUCUGGGGCAACUUUCUCACCCAAACUUGGUUAAACUGAUUGGCUACUGCUGCGAAGAUGACCACCGGGUGCUUAUAUACGAGUACAUGGCGCGGGGUAGCGUUGAAAGCAAUUUGUUUUCAAGAGUAUUGCCUCCACUUCCAUGGUCUAUCAGAAUGAAGAUCGUGUUUGGAGCAGCGAAAGGACUCGCGUUUCUGCAUGAAGCUGAGAAACCCGUCAUCUACCGUGAUUUUAAGACGUCUAAUAUUCUACUAGACCUGGAUUACAAUGCAAAGCUCUCUGAUUUUGGCCUAGCAAAAGAUGGACCAGUUGGGGAUAAGUCUCAUGUUUCUACUCGAAUCAUGGGAACUUACGGUUAUGCUGCCCCCGAAUAUAUCAUGACAGGCCAUCUGUCUCCAAGAAGCGACGUUUACAGCUUUGGCGUCGUGCUUCUCGAGCUCCUCACGGGAAGAAAAUCCUUAGACAAAUCGAGACCUGCCCGGGAACAGAACCUCACAGACUGGGCUGUGCCAUUGCUCCGCGAGAAGAAAAAGGUGCUCACCAUCGUCGAUCCAAGGCUGGAUGGAGAUUAUCCCGUCAAGGCGAUUCACAAGGCGGCAAUGUUGGCGUAUCACUGCCUAAAUCGCAACCCGAAAGCGCGGCCCCUGAUGCGAGACAUUGUGGACUCUCUGGAGCCACUGCAGGUCCCUUGUGAAGUCCCUGCUGAUAAACCUGUCAUGACUGUGAUUACUGAGAGUGCAAAUGGAGUUGUCAAAGAACAGUUGCCCAGUUAAUCUGAUGAUGUUUUUUCAAGAAACAUUCUCCUGUGUUAACAUAUAUCUCUGUAUCAUGUGCAAAUUUUCAAACUUAUAUAAACAAAGAAGCUACAGAUUUUCCAUA